UGUCUCUGGAGAGUGGAAGUCUAAAGAACGGUUGAAGUCAGCUCUUACAGAAUGGAUUCCAUCUUCUCUGUGAUUGGAUCCUACGUUGACUGGGAUGUGAAAAGUCUGCUGCUCUUCUUGGCAGUUUUCCUCCUCACCACAGAUUAUAUCAAGAACCGUCGGCCGGCAAGCUUCCCUCCAGGACCCUGGGCACUUCCUGUUGUAGGCAACAUAUUCACCGUGGACCACAGCAGGACUCACGAGAGUCUGACAGAGUUAGGGAGAAGAUAUGGGGACGUGUUCAGCCUGAGAAUGGGCUCUGAGUGGAUGGUGGUGUUGAAUAGGUAUGAGGUUCUGAAAGAAGCUCUGGUGACUCAGGGAGACAGCCUGGCAGAGCGACCUGCCCUCCCUCUGCCGGUGGAAUCAUGCAAUGGACUAGGUCUCGUAUUCAGCGAGAGUCACAUCUGGAGGCCGCAAAGACGUUUUGCACUUUCAACCCUCAGGCAUUUUGGACUGGGCAAGAGGUCACUUGAACCUGUUAUCCGUGAUGAAUUUACACAUUGUGCAAAGGAGUUCAGUGACAACAAGGGCAAGCCCUUCGAUCCACACCUAACCAUCAACAAUGCCAUCUCCAACAUCAUCUGCUUCCUGGUUUUUGGUCAUCGCUUCGAGUACAGUGAUGAGACCUUCAUGAAAAUGUUGAAGCUGAUAGGAAAAGGCUUCCAGAUCGAAGCCUCCAUCUGGGCACAGCUCUACAACUCGUUUCCUCUGCUGAUGAGACGUUUGCCGGGGCCACAUCAGAAGGUCAAGCACAUCUGGAGUGAAGUGGGGGACUUUAUAAGGGUCGAGCUUGAAGAGCACAAACAGAACUGGGAUCCUUCGGACCAGAGAGACUACAUAGACUGUUACCUGAAUGAGAUGAAUAAGGCACAGGCGGACGAUAGUUUUGACGAGGAGAACCUGGUGAUGAGCAUCCUCGAUCUGUUUGUGGCUGGUUCAGAGACCACGUCCAGCACCCUGCUCUGGGCUUUUCUUUACAUGGCGAAUAACCCUGAAAUCCAAGAGAAAGUCCAGGCUGAAAUAGACCGAGUGAUUGGACAGUCCAGACUGCCGUACAUGGAGGAUUGUGCCAACCUGCCCUAUACUUACGCUGUCGUCCAUGAGGUGCAGAGGAUGGGCAACAUAGUUCCUCUAAGCCUGCCUCAUCUCACCACCAGAGACCUCCAGCUGAGAGGCUACACCAUCCCAAAGGGCGUUACAAUCAUUCCCAAUCUGACCUCUGUAAUGUUUGACAAGAAUGAGUGGGAGACGCCCUUCACCUUUAACCCAGGACACUUUCUGAACGAGGAGGGCAAGUUUGUGAAGAAAGCUGCUUUCAUGCCUUUCUCUGCAGGUAAACGAAUGUGCCUCGGGGAGAGCCUGGCCAAGAUGGAGCUUUUCCUCUUCUUCACCUCCUUCAUGCAGCACUUCACCUUCUCCAUGCCUGCUGGGGUGAAAUCUGAGCUGGAGUAUUGUUUUGGCCUCACUCUGGCACCACGUCCAUAUGAAUUAUGUGUAUCACCACGUUAAUACUCCAGAUAAAAUACCAAUUUUAAAAUCGAAUAGCAAUGCAACUCAUUUUAUGUGCACUGCAAUGUUGAAUUUUGAAUACAGACACUGAAUAUUUUGUGAUUUA